CUGCCAGUGCUAAGCCAGGCGCUAUGGCAGCGGUCACGGCCCCAACAGAAGACCCGAGAGACCAGAGAGCCUGCCCCAAAGUCAGGGGCCUUGAGACAGAGCUGGAGACCAGCUCAGGUGGAAAGCCGGCCAGCCAUCAGAAGGCCAUCCCCAAAGCUCACCUAACUUUCAUUAUCGACUGUGCUCAUGGGAAACAGAUCUCCCUGGCAGCACUCCCAGGGCCACCCCGUGUCCCUAGUCCCAACCUAGGACCUAUCAUCCCUCCAAUGAAGACCUACAUCUUGUUAUGUGGGGAAAACCGGCCCCCCCAUCUGACUCAGGAGGCUCCCCUAGGUGGGGAAGUCCUUGCCCAGACCAGGGGCCCCCUGCCACCCUGCAGAGGGACUACGGCCCCAGCUUCCCCUCCAGCCAGCCCGCUCUGCCUCCAGGAGCCUCCUGAAGCCAAGGGGAGCCCCAUGAAGACUGCAUCCUCAAGGUCUUCAGCUUGGGGAACAGUCAUAGGCUCGCUCAAAGCCCUCUCCUCCUGUGUCUGCGCACAGGCUGAUUAA